GACAACCUCGAGCAGAUUCUGACCAGAAGUCAAGACGUUCUGGUCCACUUCAAGGUGCUGCCGAAGAUCUACUUGGUGGACACAACCCUGCCGCGGGCAGUUGCUUACAACAAACGCGUCUCGGAGUCCCCCGCCUAUCGGGACUACAAAGAUCAUUCGCAGCGCAUUGCCAUCAGCUGUGCCCGAUUUUACCAGGAUGCAUUGGCGGAAGCAUCUCAACUAUGGCACGAGAUUCACGAUGAAAAUGGUUUGCUGAAAGUGGCAUUGCAUCCUUUGCAAAAAGAGGUGCCUAAGGAGAUGAUGAGUCGGGCCAUCACCAGAACCCUACAGGAAGUGCUGGCCAAGACUGGCCUGCAGAUCAACAAGGUCCGCAGAGCUGCGCACAUGUCGAGUUUGAUCCAGUUCCUCCCAGGGUUGGGUCCACGGAAGGCGAAACUCUUCAUGAAGACGUUGGCCAACUCGGUGAAGUCUCGUCAGAGCGUGGCGGACAUCAUGGCGAAGCAACUGAACAUGUCGGAGGAGGAUCAAGAUAGCAACCCGGUGAUCAAGAACAUGUUGCCGUUCAUCAAGAUCGACCCGGACUUUCGAGAUUCUUGGUCAGAAGAGGAUUUGCCGAGUUUGGACAGGCUGCGAAUCCCACCUUCUUUGCAGAGAUGGGUGCUGACUUUUUGUACUGAAGCUCUAGAAGGUCAAGCCAAUGACCUCUUCGGCGAAUCUGCUGAUGAGGCAAUGCGGGAUGUACAAGGGGAUGACGUUGUGGCGAGAGUCAUCCGCCUUCUCCGCGAAGAUCCCUCAUUCCUGAAUGUCAUCCAGGAUCGCGAUUGGUCAAACUGGCCUACCAAUGCAGGUGAGCCAAACUAUCCUGAUUGUGCUGACAUUGACAAGCUCUUCAACAGGAUCACAGAUGAAUUGGUUGAGCCCUACAAGGACCUUCGGCAAAGCAGCUCCGAGAUCCCCGAGAACGAACUGUUCUAUUUGGCACUGGCAGAAUCAAGCCAUCAAUUCCGCACUGGCUGUGUGGUUCGGGGAAUUGUCAAGUUUGACGAGGAGUACCCUGAGAAGGACCCUGGAAAAGAGGGUAAUGCAAACCCAAAGGUGAUCGUGAGCAUGGCGGGCUCUGGACGGGCCGUGAGAGCCAGCUUCAAGAAGGCAUAUGCUCAGGGCAAAUCAGGUUUUGGGACCGACGGAAAGAGGAAGGCUGGUCAUAUUGCUGGAUGUAACCGUCAAUUUCGCCCCGGCGAAGCCAUCCUGGCCCGACUCAUCUCUGUGGCGACAGGAAGGAAUGGCUUCAAUGUCAUGCUCUCUGUCGACCAAGAUGAGGACAAGUGGUUCGAAGAGUUCCCAAUUUCCGAAGAGGAUUUGCCUUACUUUUUGCCCGGCAGCAGUGAUGACUGGACCAAGGUCAGCCUGGGCUUACUGGACAACAGUGAGCUGAAACAGAAAGCGGAUUUGAAGGACUGGGUACGUCGACCCCGCAACAUCAAGCACCCACACUUCACAGUCGGAGAUCACACGCAUGUGGUCCAAGUGAUUCAUCGGCAAACGAUAGGCUUUUGCCUCUUCAGAUCCUCCAAGCACUAUGAUUGCCUCUAUGCGAUGUUGAAGGUCAAACCCACCAUGGCCUCCGAAAGUCCCAUUGGCAGCGGCCUUGGCGAGCAAGUAGAUCCUGAGAAGUGUUAUCGCCAAUUCGAUGUCUUCGAGCACCGUUCAACAAAGGACCACAACUACGGAGAGGGAUUCGAGGUUGCCAAUAAACUUGAGGUGGAAGGGAAGAUGUACCGCGACUUUGAUGAGGUUAUCGCUCGUCACAUGGACCCUAUCAUCGCCAACCUGAAGCAGAUCGCUGCGCACAAGCACUAUGGCCUGAAGACUUGCUACGGGCGAGUGACAGAUGCAAACCAGGUAAAGAAAAUUCUGAGAGAAUUCAGCGAGGACAACAACAUGCUGAACUACAAGCUGUUGUUGCACGAGAAGCAAGUGGGCCAUGGCGCCCUGUUGUGGACGGUGCAGGGACGAAGGGUGAAAGCUGAGUUGCUGGAGGUUUAUGCAGAUGGCUUCCGGCUUUUGGGCAGCCACUUCUCGUCCCUGCAGAAGGCCCUCGCGUGGUUCAAAUCCACAGGAUGGCGGAAUGCCGUCAAGCUGCGCCAGGAUGUGAAGCAGGAGUGGCGUGUGAAGAAUGAGGAGAUUGUCGAAAAGCGCGGACGACAUGCAGAUCCUGAUGCCGGGGAGCGAAGGAAGAAGACCAUAAGGAUGGCGUUGGGAGAAACUGGUCUCAACACUCCCGCCGGACUGGCCAGCGUCGUGCCAACUGCGGGUGUCGGCACACCCGACCACGACUUCACAAGGGAGGCCAACGCCCGGACGCCGUACCGCCUCAUGUCCAACCCUGGCAGCACUCGGACCGUCCCAGAAACGCCUGCCAUGGCGGGUACACCAGCGAGAGGUGCUCAGCCAGUUACUCCAGCCGCGGCCUUUGAACGUUCAGGGCCACCAACUCCUCGGCAUUCUCCUGCACGUAGUGCGUACCAGCCGACGACGCCCAAUCUACUAGGCAAUCUCACGCCUGGUGCCAUUGUGCCAGAAACACCCCAUCCAGGCACUCCAGCGCGGCGCACGCCCAGUGGGAUCGUUCCUCAGACGCCCAUGGCCGCCUUUCCCGCUCCAUGGACUCCAGGCACUCCACGCGCUACCCCAGGGACGCCUGCUGCAGCAUUCCCCGGUGGUGCUCCAGGAACGCCCGGAACGCCAAGAACGCCAGUGCCGCAGACGCCUGUGCCGCAGACUCCGCAUGCGGGACAUUAUGUGGAGCUUAAGGAGGAGUAUCCAGGUACCCCAAACAUCGUUCCUCAAACUCCGGCCCAUUGAACCCUUUGGUCAAGGCAAAGCGAAAGUCGCAAAAGUGCUCAGCAGCCAGUGCCCUCGAAAGACAUGUUGGAAAA